UUCGGCUUCCAUUUACAAAAAUAAAGAAAGAACAAUUUAAAAGAAAAAAUUGAACUCCAUGUUUACGCUUACUUGCAAAAUACUCCCAGAGGUCACACGACCAACACGCAUGACUCAUAGAGCAACAAUGGAGUCUUCACGGUGAUCGUAUUGACCAAGUCGAUCCACUGUGGCUCGACACAACUGCGAGACCUUGGGACCCUCCGCUGGUUCAUGAUGGUAUGGUUCCCGCAUUUCGAACUGGUCAACGGAUUCGAUCUCAAAAACGGUUUCCCAUCCAUAGGGUCUUUGUCUAUCCCUUCAUUCGCUGCGUCCAGACUGCUUCAAAAGUGGUCAGCGCUCUCUCCGCCGUCGAUCUUGACCCUAACGCUACGUAUUCUAAAGACGUCCUCUCCAUCGACAAAUCCAAGCUCAAGGUCACAUAUUUUUUUAGCAGGUCACAUCUUGUUAGAGCACCUUUAUCGGCACUUCUUAAAGCAUUUCUUAGGACACGUGUUGUGUUUUGCGGGCUUUGUGUUCUUCUCUCUCUCUCGAAGCAUUCUGUGUCUCUCUCUUCGCUCUGUUUCGUCGAAAGCACCGCGUCUCUCCAUCUCUCCUUGACUAAUCCGCUGGGUGAUUUCUUCAUCUCUUCCUUAGUUUAAUCGCAGCUAUUUCAUAUGGCAUUGCUUCAAUGGCUAUGGUCUUUAUCAACAAAGCUGUUAUCAUGCAGUAUCCACACUCCAUGACUGUUCUUACUCUACAGGUAUGUGGCAGUUGUAUGGCCUGAUGUCCUGUACUUCUCUAUCUACAAGGUUAGUGACUGGUCCACUGCGUUGCUUGUUCUCAUGUAAUUUGUUUACUGCUGUCUUUUGUUUAGCCAGCUAACUUUGUUCUCUUGCUACUCUUUUUUUUAUGUUUGUAUGUUUCCUGUUUUUGUUAUUGAUGAGGAGCAUUGCGUUGCUUGUUCUUAUGACUUGUUGCAUGUCCUCAAAGCAUAUGAAAAAGAGUGAAAGACUAGUAAUGAAAGUGUUCUAUAUUUUUUCUAAGAA